CGUGCCCGACAUGCACUAAACCGCCUGUCAAUGAAAAAAAACCGGUGCACUCAGCGCCGCGCGCUCCCGACACCACUUCGCUCUUGCACUUUCUACCGUCCCGUCGAGUGAUCCUAGGCAGCCUGCAAGAUGACCAUCAACACCCUGGCUAAAGGAGGCUGGAACAGAGAACAAAUGGCGUGCUUCCGAAAGAUGGAGAAAGUGAUUGUGGCCAUGCAAGACCCUGACAUGGGCAUGAAGAUGAGAAACCAGAGGCUGCUUAUUACCGUCAUACCACACGCCAUGACAGGCCGGGAUAUCAUUGACUGGCUGAUGCAGAAAUACAAUAUCUGUGAGGAGGAGUCACUCCAUGUUGGUAGCAUGCUGGUGAAAUACGGGUACAUCUACCCUCUCAAAGAGCCCAGAUCCCUUGUGUUAAGGCUUGAUGAAACGCCCUACCGCUUCCAGACUCCUUACUUCUGGACUAGUACUCGCUGGCCUGCCUCAGAGCUGGACUAUGCAAUCUACCUGGCUAAGAAGAACAUCAGAAAACAAGGAGAGCUGAUGGAAUAUGAGAAGGUGAGGUACAGUGUGCUGCACAAGAGGAUCAACCACACCUGGGACUUUGUGGUGAUGCAAGCCAGAGAGCAACUCAGAGCAUCCAAACAGAGGAGGAAGGCGGACCGCAUUGUUCUAGAAUGUCAGGAGCAGGCCUACUGGCUCAUCAACAGACCGCCGCCUGGAUCACCUAAUGUGUUGGACAUGGGACUGGAGAGGCCAAAUAACUUCAGCUCACGAGUUACUCUGAACAGUGACUACUACAAAACUGAGAUUGAAAACUGUAAAAGGGCUCUUGGAAGAAAUCGUGUAAAGUCAUCCAUCUGCCUAGAAGGUUUUGUGAAAUACAGUGAGCAGUACCUGAACCAUGACCCCAUUAUGCAAGGCUGUCUUCCCAGCAACCCCUGGAUCUCUGACGACACGGCACACUGGACGAUGAAUGCAGAAUCGGUGCCUUUACCAACACGUCUACGAGUGGAGCGUUGGAGCUUCAGCUUCAUGGAGCUUCUCAGUGACCCCAUGGGGAGGCGAGAGUUCAUGAUCUACCUGGAGAAAGAGUUCAGUGCGGAGAACCUGUGUUUCUGGCAGGCCUGUGAAGAUGUGAGACAUGGAGAAAAUUCCAGGAUCAUUGAGAAAGUGGAAGAUAUCUACAAAAAUUUCCUGGCUCCCGGUGCUGCACGUUGGGUCAACAUCGACAGCAAGACGAUGGAUAAAACUCUAGGGGGAAUCAGAAACCCUCAUCGCUUUGUCAUGGACGAUGCACAAAUGCAUAUCUACUUUCUUAUGAAGAAGGACUCUUACCCAAGAUAUCUGAAGUCUGACCUCUAUAAGAACAUGCUAGCCAAAGCUAUUGUCCCCCAGGAGACAAAGAAAAGUGUAUUCCCUUUCAUGAGACGCCAGAGGCACGCAAGCCCCUCCCCUGCUCAGGCUGCCGGUCAUGGCACAGAGGAGGACGGGCAUGCAAAGGGGGGCGGUCAAGCAGGUACCAACCCUGGAGGCAGCUCUCAUGCCUGAAACCUGGCCCCAAAAAAAGAAAUGUCAGACUCCAUCUCUCCAGUCUUCUUUGUCUCUGUUUGUUCAAAUAGAAACCACCCAAGGAGCUCUGCUCCUUUACUUCAAGCCAAACUGUCUUUGUUAAAGUCUGAACUUUUCUUUCACUGCUGCAACAUUACCAGAGCUAGAAUUUCAAUGUGCACAGGUGUUAAUGCAAACCUCAGCAGUGUCACAACUUCUUCUCAGAGCACGAGCAGAGAAUAAAAAAGCUUUUAGAGCUCUGGCUCCAGCCUUUCCUGCUGCAUAAUUAGCCUUCAUCCACACCCCAUCUCGGUCCAUAAAGUCUAUCCUGAUGUUCUUGAUUCUGACUCCUAGUACCAAGUCUUCCCUUAACAGCUUUUCUAAUGAACCUACUUUGUUCUUAAUAAUUAUCUACGGGUGGUUAAUAAUGCCACAGAGUUUAAGAAUAUGUAUUUAGUUAUGACUUCACCUCAGAAUGUCUGUGACUAUUGCACAGUUUUUUGUUUGGUUGUUCCAUUGCAGAGUCUCACAUAGUGAUUGUUGUUGCUGAUUAUUUUGCUUGAGUAUGUUCUCAACCCAAUAAAAUGUCACAACAGCUGUCAGUGCUGUGUUGUCAGCUCUGUGGUUAAGUGGGA